AUGAAAGAGAUGAUUAAAAAAACAAGUAAAGAAAUAGUCGAAAUUCUUAUUUCUCAUGGUGCAGAUAUAAAUGCAAAAGAUGAAAGUGAUAUAACACCUCUUCAUUAUGCAGCUAAAAAUUCUGAUGUACAAAUAGUCGAAUUUCUUAUUUCACACGGUGCAGAUAUCGAUGCAAAAGAUAUUAAUGAUGAAACACCUCUUCAUUACGCUGCAUGUAAGGAUCGCAGUGAAACAGCAAAAGUUCUUAUUUCUAAUGGUGCUGAUAUCAAUGCAGAAGAUGAGUAUGACAGAACACCAAUUGAAUGUGCACUUGAAAAUAAUUGUAUAUUUACAUAUUUAAAUCUCGCACAAUUAAUCCGAAACUUGUAG